GUUCCAUACACACGCAUGCGCAGUCAUCUAGUCCAAAUACGCGCUGAAAAGGAAAGGCGAGUUUUUACUACGAAACCAUCGAAGGAUAACUGGAUAAUUACGUUUUUAGCCCUUUUAUCUGGUUGUUACUUUGCUUUCGGGCAUCGUAAAGCACUCCCCAAACAGACGCUGAGCGAGGAACAUGGCGGAUAAAGAAGCAGUGUACGAUGAUGCGGUGGAGGAGAGGGUCAUCAACGAAGAGUACAAGAUAUGGAAGAAAAACACACCGUUCCUCUACGACCUGGUCAUGACGCAUGCGCUGGAGUGGCCCAGCCUCACCGUCCAAUGGCUGCCUGACGUCAACAGGCCGGAGGGGAAGGACUACGCAGUCCACAGGCUGGUUCUGGGGACCCACACAUCGGACGAGCAGAACCACCUGGUGAUCGCCAGCGUUCAGGUCCCCAACGACGACGCCCAGUUUGACGCGUCGCACUAUGACAGCGAGAAAGGAGCAGAAUUCGGUGGCUUUGGCUCGGUCAGCGGGAAGAUUGAGAUCGAGAUCAAGAUCAACCAUGAGGGCGAGGUGAACCGCGCCCGCUAUAUGCCCCAGAACCCCUGCAUCAUCGCCACCAAGACCCCCACCUCAGACGUGCUGGUCUUCGACUACACCAAGCACCCGUCCAAACCAGAUCCCAGUGGGGAGUGCAGCCCGGACCUCAGGCUCCGGGGCCAUCAGAAGGAGGGCUAUGGUCUGUCCUGGAACCCCAACCUCAGCGGGAAUCUGCUGAGUGCCUCUGACGACCAUACCAUCUGCCUGUGGGACAUCGGCGCCGGGCCCAAGGAGGGCAAGAUCGUGGACGCCAAGACCAUCUUCACGGGCCACACGGCGGUAGUGGAGGACGUCUCCUGGCACCUGCUGCACGAGUCGCUGUUCGGCUCGGUGGCUGACGACCAGAAGCUCAUGAUCUGGGACACGCGCUCAAACAACACCUCCAAGCCCAGCCACUCUGUGGACGCCCACACGGCGGAGGUCAACUGCCUGAGCUUCAACCCCUACAGCGAGUUCAUCCUCGCCACCGGAUCUGCCGACAAGACUGUGGCCCUGUGGGAUCUGAGGAACCUCAAGCUGAAGCUCCACUCCUUCGAGUCGCACAAAGACGAGAUCUUCCAGGUCCAGUGGUCCCCCCAUAACGAGACCAUCCUGGCGUCCAGUGGCACCGACAGGCGCCUCAACGUCUGGGACCUCAGUAAAAUUGGAGAGGAGCAGUCUGCCGAUGAUGCAGAGGAUGGACCUCCUGAGCUGCUGUUCAUCCACGGAGGUCACACGGCCAAGAUCUCCGACUUCUCCUGGAACCCCAACGAGCCCUGGGUGAUCUGCUCUGUGUCGGAGGACAACAUCAUGCAGGUUUGGCAGAUGGCGGAGAACAUCUACAACGAUGAGGAGCCGGACACCCCGGUGUCGGAGCUGGAGGGACAGGGGUCCUAACCCCGUCCCGGGGUCGGGAGCUUCCAGUCCAGACGCAAAUCACCCCUGCUUCUAGAAGGAUGUGUGAAUCGUAAUGAAUCUAGGGCACAUUUGGAAGAUGCCAUACCUUUCCCUUUUUUUUGUUGUUGCUUAUGUACAUACUGAGGGCGGCUUCCUCAAAAGCGCCUUGGAACGUUAAGUCAUCUACGUUGCCAGGGUGACCGGAGCACUAAAAAAAAUGCUUUUUUUGAAAACCAGACUGAUGAGCUUAACUUCCUUUUUAUACUCCCUUCAUAAUAUUCACCUUUCUUUUUUUUUUUUCCUUAUUUCCUUCCCUUUGGUGGGUGCAGCCACACGACGACCAGUUUCUCUUAACACCAUUUGUUGAUCCGUUGAAUGGUUAGCAUUUCAUACUAAUUUAAUGCCCCUGAGGUAGAUGCAUGUUUUGUAAAGGUUUCCAUUUACAGUGGUCGUGGCACAUUUUCCCCUGCAGCAUCUUUAUCAGUAUGGAUGCAUCGCAAUAAGAAACUAACUUUUAUUGUGAUUUAUAAAAGCUAUGUUUUUGUUGGACUAAACACUUGCUUUCUUA